UUGGUUACAAGAAAACCUAAGGUCACUAAUUAAAAAUAAAAUAAGAGUGAUAAAUAACUAAAUAAGUAAGCAAAAGGAAAUGAGUAAGAUAUUAAUGAUAACGAUUUAAUGCGACUAACGGUUUACGAUGAAUACGAGCAAUACGAACGAUAGUUUAAUUACGAAAGGCGAUGAACUAAUUAACGAUAAAUACGAGCGAUACGAACGAUGUUUACGAAACGAACAAGUUAGUUGGGGUCGUAACGAAUAACGAUUUGAUUAAUUAUUUCGAGGGCUAUGAGAUAAACGAAGUAGGCCACACGCUCGGUAGUCCUAACGUACGUACGAAGGUAUUAACGUAGAGCGAAGCGUCACACUCUUACCGAUUGUUAUUACUAGGUUAUGUGCGAGUGCUAGUUACGCCGAACUUCGAAACGUGUUGCGAUACAAUAAAGAAAAGGUAAGGCGACUAAUACUUAAUCUUAAUGCGAUGGAAUGGAAGUACCAUGGGCACCUGCCUCCUUCGAUAUCCACGACGAGAUGUCGAAACACAGCGGCGUCGCAGCGAAGUUCCAGUCGAUGUCGAGUCGAGGUUUUUGGUGAUUCUCCAGCUGUUCUGGGAGGGCUCACAACUGCCCACGACAGUUGGAAUUCAUAGAAUUCGUUCUCCCACUCGAAACUGGCUCCAAUUUUCGAUCACGGGAAUAGCAAGAUCAGCGACAAAACAAAAAAGCUGCAAGGAGAGCAAAGUCUGAGAAGAUGUUCGAACUCAGUCAACCCCAAGGGUUCCACAUGUCACAUGCACUUGGGAUGCCAGGGAAAAGCUAAUCAAAAGAUUUACCUGCGGAUCGACUGCAGCUUCUCCGAUGUUAGCGGGAUGGUCUAGUGCCCUUAACCCAAAAUCCGACAAAGUCGUAGUGCUCGAAUGCACUAUAUCUUUUACAGCUCACAAAUGCGCUCCAAGCGAUAGCACCUUUUAGGGGACCCAACAGAUCCGACGAAUGCGAUUCCAAACGUAACACCAAAUAAAAGGUUGCUAAAACGAACUGCAAAAGAGGAAAGCACUAACCCCCAACACCAUUCAACACGAAGUACCAAAGCAAAAUGGAUUCCCUUCCACCUGCGAUGACGUGGCAAGGUAACGAAGCGAGAAUUAACGGAAGUUUGGCCCUCUAGUGGCAAACUUACGAAACGUUGAAUUCCGACGAAAAUCCCUAAUCGAUGUAACUAUUAAGUGGAUGCGAUGGUUAUUACAAAAGAAAAAAAAAACAAACAAGGCUAUCAAGAUUCCAGAAAUGACGAAGACUCUAGGGGACGCUCCACGGCGUUUGUUCCCACCUAGAGUGAAGCUCUGGGAUGGCGCGAUCCAUCCAGUUCCUUAUAGCAAGAACCAAGCUGAAACGAUCCAGAAGACCGAUCUACAAACAGCGAGGCUGAAACACUCAUCUGAGCCCCUCCAAGCUCAGAAUCAUCGCGACAGUCUUGCGACUGGGGGAGUCAAAAGCUCGGGACGAACCCUCCACCAAAGUUGUCCUUCAUUGCCACCGUGCCCAACCCAACCACCCAUGCACGAAAUGACGAAACAAAAAAAAACGAGUAAACAAAAUGUAAUCCGAUCCGAGAAUGCCAAUAAAAACCGAAAUAGCUACUGCGAAUUUUCAAUUCGUAACACCAUUUCAAACAGUGAUGAUGUUAAAACCUUCCAAAGGAACCUUGAUACAUUAGUAGAUUGGUGCAACAAGUCCGAGUUGUUAUUAAAUGCAGAUAAGUGUUAUGUAAUGACAUUCAGUAGGAAAGUAAAUGUGGUAAAAUCAGACUAUACCAUCAACGGUCGGAUUCUUUGCAAGAAGAAUGAGGUAAAGGAUCUUGGUGUUCUUUUUGAUUCGCGCCUUUCAUUUGUGGAGCACAUCAGUAACAUAUCCACCUCAGCAUCUAAAAUGCUUGGAUUUAUAUUUCGGGUAUCAAAAACUUUUCAAGAUCCUCUUCUGUUAAAAAGUCUGUAUUUUGCGUAUGUGGUAAGCAAGAUGGAAUAUGCCUCUGUUGUCUGGUAUCCUUACUAUGUGAUACAUAAUCUUGCUGUUGAAAAGGUACAGCGUCGCUUCUUGAAGUAUCUUUCGUAUAAAAUUGAUGGAUUUUAUCCUCAAAGAAAUAUAGACUACAAUUACCUCCUUCAGAAACAUGGAUUUGUUAGUUUAAAGAAUCGACGUGAAGAGCAUAGUGCUCGUUUCAUAUCCAGAUUGAUAAGUGGCAAGAUAGAUUGUCCUGAAUUGUUGGAACGAGUCAAUUUUCAUGUACCACGUGUUGCGUCUCGCUACAUGGCCACGUUUCAUCAACCAAUUUCUAGAACGAAUUUGCUAAGAAAGGCACCGAUAGUACCUAUACCCAAAAAGGACGGCAGCCAGAGAAAGAGGCAAGAGGUUAGUGAAGGAAGCUUGGAAGGUUACAGAGGUAGGGGGUACUAUCGACGGAGAGGAAACAGAAACAAGGAAGCUGGAAGAGGUGAGGAAAUGGCAGGGGUGCAACGAGGGAUAUAUCCAGGAAUAGAUAAGGUUACAAGGGCAGGGAAGGAAACAGAGGCAGGAGAGAAUACUUAG